AUUUUAUCGGAUCGAUCUGUAUUCUCACAACCACCUAGUUUAUCUUGGAAACCCUCACUCUUCAGUAAUUCGCAAUGAUAUUCGGUAUAAUACCUUAGCAGAGUAAGCUUCGAGGGUUGCCAGUGUAUCAGUGCGGCAGUAACUGAGUGACUGUAAAAUGACAGCAAUUUAGAACAUUACUGAUUAUCUGUCUAAAGAAUCCAAAUGAUUUUAGUCCUUCCAGUUUGUGAUUUUUCUUAUUUGUAAACUAUUCUCUUCUAAAAUAUAUCAAUAAUAUGGUCGUUAUAUAUAUUUUCAUUUAAGUUUUUUUAUUACAUGACCUACAUUUCAUCCAGAAAUCAUUGGUCGAUUGCUAAGUAUAUUGAUCUUUUUAUUUUCAUUUAUUUUGAAAAUUUUAAGAUAUCGUUUACCGCAUUCUACAUCCACUUUCUGUGCAUCCAUAUUCUACUGUGAAAUCGUCGCUCUAAUUAGCUGUUUGGUCAUUAUAUUUCUUUUCCCUUCUCCGUUAUAAAUGGCUAUAAAUACCGGAAAUACGAAAUUUCGAAUGGUGAAUGUUGACCAGUUGACUGAACCAACAUUUCAGGAUGAAUUAACGGAGGAUAUUAAACCGUCUAGGUUGAAUAUUUCUGAAAUCAAUAGUUUAUCUCGAGUGGAAAGUCUACAGAUGCUAUUUUGAACAUAUUACAAAAUGCACCAAUUAAUUCAAAAGAUCACAAACUAAGGAUACAGUAUUCAAAUUGAUGAUGCGUUUGCUAUCACAAUUUAAAUCCAACCAAAAUAUUGAUGAAUUUUUGUCAUCUAUGGAUCAAGAUAAAAUUGAUUUACUUAUGAAAUACAUUUAUCGUGGAUUCGAACAACCACAAGAGAUAAGUUGUUCAACACUGUUGACAUGGCAUGAAAAGGUGUAUACUUACGGCAAAGCCGGUUCUAUUAUGCGUGUCCUUACUGAUCGUAAACGUGUUUAAUAACCGUGCCAUAUGUAUAUGUUUGUGCCCAUGAUUUCAUAUGUUAUAUUUUAUAUAUGUUAUCUUUUUACUGUGUAGUUACAUAGCAAGAUAUUAUUUGUACUUUCAUCAAAAUAAAACACGAAACACUAAGUGACAGUUUUGAAGUCAAUUUAUUGACUUUUUUUAAUGCUACUUUAUAUCGUAUUUUAUUUCAGUUGUGUUUUCAAGAUUUUUUUUCUUACUCGAUUAGAUAAUAUACAAAGGUUAAACGGAUGCAGCUGAA